AUGCACGAAUGCACGAGUGGCAUGCGCCGCGACGCCGAUGCGCAGACAGUCACACUGCACACGGACACACAGUUGACAGACAGACGCAGGGCAAGAUAUGAACGGGAAAGCCGGCGGACAGCGUCACAACUGAACGGCUGGAUUCUCCGUUGCAGCGGCCCGAGGCAAAUUGCAGGCCUCGAGGCGCAAGGCACGAGACGCAUGAGGUUAGGGCAAUGGGCAACGAGGAGUAGGACAAAGGGCAAAGGUGAAGAGGCCAAAAGUGGGCUGGCCGAGUGUGACGAGCGCGAAAGCUGGAUGCGAGGACAGGUGAAGCGAGGCGAGAUGGAACGAGAGGCAAAGAAACAACGCCGACCGCCGACUGCCGACCGCCAGCAAGCUGUGCAAAGUGGCGCCCCAGCGCACAGCCCGCCAAGAGCCCGACUGGCCGCUGAGGCAGGAUCGAUAAUCUCGGCAAAAGCCCGACAUGGCGCUGAGGCAGGAUCGAUAAUUUCGGCAAAAGGCCCAUUCGCAGGACGGUGCCGUGAGUGUUGA